AUGUCUCUCGGAAGGAAGGUUACCCUCAACACUGGCGCUACCAUCCCGCAAUUGGGCUUUGGUACCUGGCAAGCUGAGCCUGGCCAGGUUGGCGCUGCCGUUCUUGAGGCCCUCAAGGUUGGCUACCGUCAUCUGGAUCUCGCCAAGGUCUAUGGCAACCAAAAGGAGAUUGCGGAAGCCCUCAAGAAGGCCUUUGGUGGUGAGGUCCCUGGCCUCAAGCGUGAGGACGUCUUCAUCACAUCCAAGCUCUGGAACUCUCAGCACCGUCCACAGGACGUACCGGCAGCUCUCGACGACUGCCUGGCUGAGCUCGGCCUCGACUACCUCGACCUCUACCUCGUCCAUUUCCCCGUUGCCUUUGACGAGCGGUCCGAUGUCCACAGCAACCUCUUCCCCUUGGAGGGCGAGGAUGUCAAGAUGCUGGAUGAAGUCUCAAUUGUCGACACAUGGAAGGCCAUGACACAGCUGCCUAAGGAGAAGGCCCGCGCUGUCGGUGUCUCUAACCACACCAAGGAGCACCUCCAGGCUUUGAUUGACGGUACCGGUGUGACACCCGCUGCCAACCAGAUCGAACGUCACCCACGUCUCCUCCAGCCAGAACUCAUCCAGUACUGCAAGGAGAAGAACAUUCACGUCACCGAGUACUCGGCAUUCGGUAACAAUAUGCUCGGCGUCCCUCUUCUCGUUCAGCACGACACCAUCAAAGAAGUUGCCAGCCGAAUUGGCGCUACCCCCGCACAAGUUAUCCUCGCCUGGGCUCAAGUAGGCGGCCACUCCGUCAUCCCCAAGUCAGUUACCGCCUCACGCAUCCAGGAGAACUUCAAGGAGGUUGAACUGUCCGAGGAGGAUUUCCAGAAGGUCGAGGAGAUUGGAAAGAAGGAGCGAAGGCGAUUCAACAUUCCUUACAUUGCCAACAAGCCUAGGUGGCCCGUCAACAUCUUCGACGAGCCCGAAGAGAAGGAAGCGCCACACAAGGUCAUUGUCUAG